UUAUUUAUUUACAUCAUAAACGAGCAGCCCCGCAGGAGAAUGUAAACGCGUCCUGUCCAUUCUCCUUCUCUUCCUCACCACCUUCAUCAUCAUCAUCAGUCCAAAGGGACCCGCGCUUAUUAUUAUUAAAGCUCAGGUUCGCUCCACUCAUCAUCGGCUGGAUUUAAUGAGUUAGUCUGUGAUUAAAGAGCCUGUGUGCUGCUGAUGAGCUCGGCUGGAUUCUGUCUCUUCACCGCUCUGCCCUUAAGAUGGAGUUUGUGGAGAGGAAGCGGAGCAGGAAAUCGCAGAGCUUUAAACUGGUGAAUGAUGCAGAUUUUAUCCAUGAAAUGGAUGAUGUAGACCAGAAUGACACAGAAGGAGAUGCCUUGGAUGCCUCUGAGACUGAAGUCUGGUUAGGUGAUGAAGGGAUGGAGAUAAAGAAACAGAUAACAGGCAUGAUGCGCUUGCUGGGUGACAAGACAGGACGAGUGUACCAGCGCGUUGGACGAGAGGGUGAGACCCUCAAACAGGAGCCUCAGGAGGAGCCUUUGGCUCAGAGCCCAGCCCCUGAACAUCUCCAGUGUGGCUGGAGCUCAGUCCUCACGGCUCACGGGCAGUACAGCACCCGCUCCAAAACCCAGAGAAUGCUCAACCACUUGAAAACUAAUGGUGGAGAUUUUAUUACAGUACCUUCAGAAGACAUGGCCUUGCCCCCUGCGCCUGCUGCCAUGGCAACUGAGCCCAGCUGCUGUAUGUGCAACUGCAAGAGCACCCUGCAAGCCAUUCUGCUGGAGUUACGUACCAUGAGGAAACUAAUCCAAACUCAGAGAGGAUCUCAGGACAAACAGGGCUCCCAGGUCUCGCUCUCAUCCCGAACCUCCAUCGCUCCAUCCCGAACCGCCUCCUUUCGGAGGAGCCGAAAGAGGAGGCAAGGUCACAGAGUGACAGUUCUGGCCACGCCCACUAAAAGAACCACACCUACGCCGCCACCCACUGAGGCUGAUGCUGUUAAUGAGUGUAAUCAGUCAAGAGAGCACAUGCCGCCAACAAUGACAACAUUUAUCCCAGAUCUCAUUCCCAACUCCAAGACUCCUCCCUCUCAGUACAGCGACACCAGAGGCCAAAGCACCACAGAGCCGGAGGUGCAGUUGGCCGAGGAUUAUGAGGUAUUUAUUCCUAAAGCACAGUUGGACUCUAUCUUACUGAACUACACUCGCUCUGGCAGCCUGCUCUUCAGGAAACUGGUGUGUGCGUUCUUUGAUGAUACCACACUGGCAAACUCACUGCCCAACGGCAAGAGGAAGAGAGGUCUGAACGACACCAGGAAAGGACUCGAUCAAAACAUAGUCGGAGCCAUUAAAGUGUUCACAGAAAAGUAUUGCACAGCCAAUGGAAUUGAGAAGCUUCCUGGCCCCAGAGACUGGGUCCAGAUUCUGCAAGACCAGAUUAAACUUGCCCGGCGACGCUUAAAAAGAGCAGAGACAACCUCAGACAGUAAUGAUAUUCAGCACAAAACAGAGAAAUGUCAGCAAACUGUUGAUAAAGUGGAAACUGUGAGACAAAAAGGUGCUGCUUAUGAGAGAACAGAAUGUCUAGUUGCUAUGGAGACUGCCUGAGAAGAGAUUGUUUUCAACAAAAUGCAACCUCCGACCUCCGCAAAGGAGUCAUAUGAAUUGUUUUGUCUGUUAGCAUGUAGUGUAUGGAGAGACACAGCUCUGAAAUUCUCACGGUCAGCUGUGCAACAGACAGAAAGUUUGUCUGGAAGGAUAUGGCAACAUUUUGCUGAUCAAUUGGCAACUAUGGACACACUUCUAUAACACAAGUACUCUCAUUUGAUCAUUUUAAAGUGGGUUUUCCAUGUCCCACUAGUUGUCUUCUAUGAAUAUAUGUGACCCUGGAGCACAAAACC